AUGAACUCCUCCACGCUCAUGGCCAUGAAUAAUACUACUACUAGUACCACUACUAGUAAUACUAUUAGCAAUACUACUAGUAUAGCUAGCUGGGGCUUUCGAGGGAUUUCUGUGGAAGCAUGGCUAGCCAUCGCCGGUAUUCUGAUCGAAAUUCUCCUCGCAUUCUGGAAAGAGAAGAUUGUUUUGCUUGUAAAGGAGGUGCUCUCUUGGGCGGCGAAGAAGAAGCUUGCGGUGAAGAGGUGGUGGCGGUCAAUUCGAGGAAAGACUCCCGACCAGGAAGGGGGGGUUAAAGACAUCGAAAACGAAGCCGGCGCUCCCCUCGAGUCCAGCAUCAGCAUGGCCAACAGCCACACCACGCAGGUAGUGAAUAACUACUACAGCUUCCAUCACGACCACCCCGCGGCCGACCUGCAGUUGCCGGCUGCAGCUCUCGUGAGGCCCGCUAGUAGGAUUACCCCGAACGCCGAGGAACGCGCACUGUUACGUACCCGUCUCGGAGCCGCUACGUGGUCCGGAGUGCGGGAUGGUAAUGCUUCACCCCCAGAUCGUGUGCCGUUUAAAUUUUCGACACGGAUCAUUGUACUCUGCGUCGACCAGAGGUUGCUUGGUGCCAUGAAUUGGAGGCUGUGGUUUGCCACAAACUGGAGGAUGAGGUUCGGCAGUAGUGGGUGGUAUGAGGAUAUUUGA